AUGGCCGAGGAAGACGCCGAGCAGGCGUUUUUCCAGGCGCAAGCCAUGAACCACGAGUAUGAUCCCGCCGGGGUUGCGCAAGACGGCGCCGGCCUGUCGGAAUCAGAAGAAGACUAUGAUCCAUCGAAUACAUUACAUGAUGAGUACUCAGUUUCUAUAGCAGAACAUAAUCAAAAUGACACUACUGCCGCUGAAAGCAAUGAUCCUUCUUCCUCCUUCGCUGCCCAGCUUAAUCCUCAGCCCGGCGAAGACGGCUCUUCUAAGAUCCAUGAUCCUGCACAAACCUCCCAACUCCCAUCCGGGCCUGAUCCGCAAACCUCUGUAUUUGAGCCUUCAUCUACUAUGCAUGUACAGCCGAAGACCAAGACCAUAGGUGGCUUUGUUGUUGACGAUGACGAGGAUGAGGAAGAGGGAGGGGAUGAUGAUAAGGAAGAGGCAGAGUAUGAACCACCAGGAGUUUUGGAAACUAUUGAGCAUGGCGGACAUAUUUCUGCAAGCGCGUCUGAGCGUCCUUUCUCUGAUCAGAAUGCAAAUGAAACUGUUUCUACAUCUGGUGUAUCAAUACAACCCGUUGUGCCUGAUCAUAUGGCCAGUUCCAAAGAUGUUUCUAAUAAUGCUGUUCCUUUUCAUUCUGCUUCUUCCGUUCCCCCUUCGACUGGUCACAAUCUGUACUCCGAACUCAUGCAACAAGCGGGCGACAGUACUGAUAGCAACGCACCAACCCCCACGCCUUUAGCUAUUGCCGCAGCGUCUCGAAGUCGCCUACCCCAUGAUCGCGUCGGCUUGUUGGAAGAUAGAAUCAAAGAAGAUCCCCGUGGUGACAUACACGCCUGGGUUGAAUUGAUAGCCGAGCACCGGAGUCGAAACAGACUUGACAAUGCGCGAGAAGUAUACGAGCGAUUCUUCAAACUUUUCCCGUCGGCUGCUGAGCAAUGGGUACAAUAUGUCAACAUGGAAUCAGAGAAUAGCGAGCUGCAACGCCUUGAGCAGAUUUUUAACCGCACACUGCUAAGUAUUCCCAAUGUGCAGCUGUGGAAUGUAUAUUUGGAUUACAUACGUCGACGACACCCGUUGACUACAGACACGUCUGGUCAAGCAAGGCGAACAAUCACCUCUGCGUAUGACUUGGCCCUCGCGCAGGUCGGCUUGGAUAGGGAUGCAGCAUCGCUAUGGACAGACUAUAUUGAAUUCAUCAAAACAGGGCCUGGCGUUGUUGGUGGAACCAAUUGGCAAGACCAGCAAAAGAUGGAUUUGCUGCGCAAAGCCUAUCAAAGGGCCAUCUGUGUGCCCACUCAUGCACUGAACACCCUCUGGAAGGACUAUGAUCAAUUCGAGAUGGGAUUGAACAAGCUUACGGGGCGGAAAUUUCUUCAAGAGCGGUCGCCCGCAUAUAUGACGGCUAGAAGUUCUUAUACGGAAUUGCAGAACCUGACUAGAGACCUUGACCGAACAACUCUUCCGAAAAUGCCUCCUGCACCUGGCUUCGAUGGAGACGCCGAGUUUCAACAGCAAGUCGAAUUAUGGCGCCGAUGGAUUGCUUGGGAAAAGGGCGACCCUCUGGUUCUUAAAGAAGAGGAUUUAUCAGCAUACAAAACCCGAGUUAUGUACUCCUACAAACAAUCACUCAUGGCGCUAAGAUUUGUUCCGGAGAUCUGGUUUGACGCUGCUGAGUUUUGUUUCCAGAAUGGCAUGGAAGCCGAAGGAAACGACCUGCUCAAACAAGGCAUUGAGGCAAAUCCAGAGAGCUGUCUACUUACUUUCAAACGAGCUGAUAGAUUAGAGAUUGAAUCGGAAUCGGAGCAAGAUCCUCAAAAACGCGGCGCGAAAGUGAGAGAGGUCUUUGACAAACUCUUGGAUGCUUUGUACCAGCUUAAUAGCAAAUCUCGGGAGCGGGAGGAGCAAGACAUUGCCCGGGUCAAAGAGCAGUUUGCCAACGAGUCCGAUGAUUAUCAACCUGCUUCUGCUGACGACGAGGAUGAGGACGGCCGUACAGAAGCCCAGGCCAAAGAAGCGGCGAGAGAGGGUCAAAUCGAUGCCAUUAAAAAAGCCCAUGCGCCACAGAUUACCAUGACGUCCAAGAUGAUUUCAUUCGCCUGGAUUGCUUUGAUGCGUGCCAUGCGUCGUAUUCAGGGCAAGGGUAAGCCUGGAGAACUUGCUGGCUCAAGGCAAGUGUUUGCUGAGGCCCGUAAACGUGGCCGUAUCACUAGCGAUGUUUAUAUUGCGAGUGCUUUGAUUGAAUAUCAUUGCUAUAAAGAUCCGGCUGCAACGAGGAUUUUUGAACGGGGGGCAAGACUGUUCCCCGAUGAUGAGAACUUUGCGCUUGAAUACUUGAAGCAUCUUUUUGACAUUAACGACGUUACCAAUGCUCGAGCCGUUUUCGAAAUGACCGUCAGAAGACUGUCUAGCAAACCAGAAAACGUGGCCAAAACCAAACCUAUCUUCUCAUUCCUCCAUGACUACGAGUCUCGAUAUGGCGACCUAGUCCAGGUCAUCAAUCUUGAAAAUCGGAUGCGCGAGCUUUUCCCCGACGACCCUACACUCUCUCAGUUUGCGCAUCGCCAUUCAACCACCACUUUUGACCCAAUUGCAGCUCGUCCAGUCAUUUCGGCUUCCCAAACCCGUCCUCGCCCGGCAUCAUCUUACAUAAUGGACCAGUACCAACAAGGAACACCUACACGGUACCUCGACGUCCCUUCAUCCAUGGAUUCACCCAAGCGGUCCUUCCCAUCAGACGACUUUGAAGACGACAGCAAUCGACCUCGAAAGUUUGCCCGUGCCGAAUCACCUUUGUUAAAGGGUCUGUCAGCACGUCGACCAGAAGCAUUGAAACGACCCAACACCGCCACUAUGGCCACCCCUUCUACCUCUUCACCUUCUCUCACGCAAGCCAACGCUGGACAAUACCGUCCCCAACCCUCAGCAGCUCCCUUACCGCGAGACGUCGUUCAUCUCUUGAGCAUCAUCCCACCAGCAUCCGCCUACAACGCAGGACGAUUCUCGGCGGAAAAAUUGGUGGAUUUGAUUCGUAGGAUAGACAUUCCUACCUCUUUCCCUUCUUCUACUUCAUCUCAUCAUCCUGCUGGUCUAGGGUCGCAAUCAUACGGUGGUAAUUUCUAA